AUGUUACUUUAAACAUGUGUUCUAGCAAUAGCUCUUGUAUAAUCGUUGACUUAAGAUGAUUCAGACUAUGAACUUAAGUCCAAAUCAAAACGAUAAACUUAUGAUGAUCCAGUAUUAUCUUUAUAUAUCCAUAAUUAAGGAUCCAUAUAAAAAUCUUAUUUAGUGGUUAUAGGAUGGCAAAGCAGAAGUGUCUAAAGUUUAAAUAGAAGUCAAGAGCGAAGGUUAUAGAACACUGAGGGCUUCUCAAUUUAUAAGAUAAGGUGAGUGGGUACUCUUUAUACCACGCACUCAUUAUCUUUCAUUAGAAGAAGUCAAAAAAAGUUGUCUUAUUAACAGAAAAAUGAUUCAACUUAAUUAUAUUCCUAACAAUAUUCAAACAUAUUUUGUUAAUCAUUUACUCUAAGAGAAUAGAAGGUAUAUUGAUUAUUUGAUUUAAAUAGAUAAAAUUCAUUUUGGAAACCUUAUAUUGAUGUAUUGCCAAAAGAUGUUAGUGGAUUUCCAACUUAUUUUGAUGAAGAAUAAGAUGCAUUACUAAAGGGAUCACCAACUUUAUUUACUGUAAUGAAUCAAAGAAAAAUAUUCAAAGAGGAAUAUGAAAAUUUAAAAGAGGCUGUAAAAGAAUUUUAAAGAUAUGGAUAUACUUAUAAUGAUUUUGCUAAAUUUAGAAUUCUUACUAUAUCUCGAAGUUUCCCUGUUUAUAUAGGAGAGAAUGAAUAACAAUAAUUAUUGGUACCAUUGGCUGGUACAUUAUAAAUAAAAUUUAUAUUUUAGAUUUUAUAAAUCAUGAUAAUAAUGGAUUUUUAUAAUAUGGAUAUUCUCCUGAUGCAGAUGGAUUCUUUAUGUAAGCAAUUAGAAAUAUCUAAAAAGGAGAGGAAUUAUUUUAUAAUUAUGGUUAAUGGUCAAAUAAAUACUUUUUUAUGAAUUAUGGAUUUGCUAGUCUUACAAAUCCAAUGAAUUAAUUUGAUUUUGAUGUUUGUUUAGAUAGAAAUGAUAGAAUGUUUAAUAUGAAAGUUGAUUUAACUGGAGGAAAUAUUUGUUGGGGAAAUAGAUUAGUUAAUGAAACUGAUCAUGAUACAUUUAGACAAUCAUUGGCAACUGUUAGAUUUGCUUAAAUAUCUAAAUUAGAUGAUUUCUUAAAAUUAGAAGAGGAUGUUUAAAAUUAUAAUUAAUUUUGGCCAGGAUGGCAUACAAUACCAAAAACAAUAGAAUUAGAAAAAGCAACAUUUAAAGCAUUUAAAGAAUUAUUGGUUUCUGAAUUAGCUAAUUUUGCUAGUACUAUUGAGGAUGAUUAAAGAAGAUUGAAUGAUCCUUAAACUCCUGAAUUUAGAAGACAUAUUAUUAUGUUGACAAUGAGAGAAAAAUAAAUUAUUAAAAAGAAUAUUGAAAUUUGUGAUAUGAUGUUAUCAAUUAUAGAUAAAAGUUCGGAAGUAGAUUAUUUAUUAUUAUGAAUAUAGGAAAUAAAAAAUUUGAUGAGAUAUUACAAUUAUAGAGAAAUAGCAAGAUUUGUAAAUAGUGAAAUUAUUCCAAUGAAAUUAGAGGAAGAAGGACUUGCAUGA